GCGACCUCAGAACUUAUCCAAGUCAUCUUCUUCCUUCUCUUGCGAUCGACAUCCACCUUUUUACUAUCUACUUCAAAUACCAUACACAGCAAACAUGGCCGACUCACUUACUGAAGAGCAAGUCUCCGAGUUCAAGGAGGCGUUCUCCCUGUUUGACAAGGAUGGCGAUGGUCAAAUCACCACCAAGGAGCUCGGAACCGUCAUGCGCUCUCUCGGCCAGAACCCCUCCGAGUCUGAGCUUCAGGACAUGAUCAACGAGGUCGACGCUGACAACAACGGCACCAUCGACUUCCCUGAGUUCCUUACCAUGAUGGCGCGCAAGAUGAAGGACACCGACUCCGAGGAGGAGAUCCGCGAGGCUUUCAAGGUCUUCGACCGUGACAACAACGGCUUCAUUUCCGCUGCUGAACUCCGACAUGUCAUGACCUCCAUCGGCGAGAAGCUCACCGAUGACGAGGUUGAUGAGAUGAUCCGGGAGGCUGACCAGGACGGUGAUGGCCGAAUCGACUACAACGAGUUCGUCCAGCUUAUGAUGCAAAAAUAAGAGAUUAAUAUUCGGAUACCUCGCCGACCGAUUCCUCGGCUUUGCCGUCCUUAUGCUCUCGCCAGUCGAUGAGCGACGAAUAUGUAUGGCAUAACGAGGAGUGGGUUGGAUCUUGUUUACUUAGUGGGCAAAACUGCAAGCGAUACGAAGGGCAUCUUGGACUUUUGGGCUGAAAGUUAUGAAAUGUAGUGGCUAGCUUUCCGCGGUACUAGAUGUGCACGGUUAUUACGCCAUGAAUCUCUACCUGCAUGGCUUCUAGCAACUGAGAAAUUUUCCAUUUGA